CUUUAACAAAUUGUUUGCGGUAAAUUUAUUUGCGGGUUCGGGUUGAGUUCAAUCCGUCCAUGUCUAUUCGCAGCAACUCAAUUCGGUAAAAACCCGACAAAAUAAUACGGUCAAGAACAUUCAAUUUUCACUCACAAGAAAAUAAUGCUAAUCAAUUUAUUUCUUGAAUGGCGCCAAUUUAUCAUAUACGAAUCAGAUUAUGUUCUUUGCAUGGCAUAUGGUUCUGACGAAAUUCAUCACGAGAAACUAUGAAGCUGGCUGAUCAAGAAAAUGUAAUAAAUGGUGCAAUGCUGAAGAUUUUAUACUAUGACGGGAAAUAUUUCGUUAAGGAAUUAUCAACAUGGUGGCUCCUAAGAAGACUCGAAUGAGCUUGAUUGAAGGAGCGAGUGCCCGUCAAGCUUCCUUUUCAAAGCGCCGAACUGGUAUCUUCAAGAAGGCUAGCGAACUUUGUACGUUGUGCGAUGCAGAAGCAGCAGUUGUUAUCUUUUCCCCGGGUGGCAAGCCCUACUGCUUCGGACACCCCUGCUUCGAAGCAAUUAUGGAGAAAGUUGCUGACCCGGGGAAUCCGGAUAACGGCUAUGCUCAGCAUAUGGCUGAGCGUCAGGCCAGGAUUCAUGAUCUGAGAAAGCAGUAUGCUGAUAUGCUACAGCAAGUAAAAGCUGAAAAGAAGCGAGGAGAUGAACUCGAGCAGAUGACAAAGGCUGAGACCGAGAAGAUGGCACUGUGGGAUAGACCACUCGAAACCCUGAACUUUGAAGAGCUGAUGACAUUGAAAUCAAUGGUGGAACAAGCUCAAGCAAAGGUUGCGAAGCGAUUCCAAGAGCUUUCAGCGCAGGAUUCUGAUCCAUCUGCUUCCACCUCUGGAAACUCCGGUGAAGCUCUCGAUCCCUCUGCUACCGACGCAGAAGUGACUGAUGCUGAUACUUCUGGCAAUUUCCAUGGCAGUUCCCCAUGAAAUUGACUGAGCUUUAUUAUGUUAUUGGCUUAUUGCUAGUGCUCAGUGUUAUAUUAGGAUUGUAAUACAAAAUGGACAUCAUAUAAAAAGAUGUUCAUUUAAUAAAAUAAAAUAUCCUAAUAAUUAAUCUAUCUCUCUUCUGUUAUUGCUAUUUA